AUGAAUUCUCCACAAGUAACCGGUAAUGCCUAUUACCGUAUAAAACCAUAUCAUUUUGAACCAAAUCAAAUAGAACAAGAACCGCAAAAUGCUUGUUUCCUUACCAUUAACUUAAACAUCAAGUUCAUUCUUGCUCCACCAUUUGCUAUGGAAGAUGAAGCAUUUUUAUUCAAUGACAACACAGAAAACCCAACUACUUCUAUAGAAAAUGUUGCGAGAAUUUUAUACGACACAUUGAUGAAGAGCAACAACACUCAAGCCCAAGUUGCCAUUCAAGAUAUGUUUGAUGCAGUCUUUCUUCCUUCUCUCUCUUUUCUUACUGAUGAAAUCAUUGAUUGCGGUAGAAAGGUGGUGAACAACAAAGAGUAUUAUAAUUCAAAUGAAGAAGUCGGUGUUGAUGUUUCUAUUAAAGUUUUAGUUGAUGAACUACCUCAAUUUGAUUUGGAUUACGAUGAUGAUAUUGAUGUUGAUGAUGACUACAAUAUGAAUGAUGUUCCUAUUCGUUUUGUGGCGGCGAGUGAAGAGUCAAUUGAAAAAUUAGAAAAAGUGCAAGUAAAAGAUAAUCAAAUUUUUUGUUCGAUUUGUUUGGAGGAUGUUUCAAUUGAUUUGGAAGCUGCUAAGCUACCAUGCACUCACGCGUAUCAUGAAGAAUGCAUUGUUGAGUGGUUACAAGUUAGUAAAUUUUGUCCCAAUUGUAGAGUUGAGAUAGUUUAA